AUGCAUAAUGAGCUGUUGGGACGUUCGGUCGAUACCUGCAGUACCGAGAACGACUACAACGGUGAACAGAAUCUGCGUAUAUUAGCUGUAUUUAUUGUCAUGAUAUCUUCAGGACUUGGUGCUUAUUUCCCAAUUCUAUCUUCUCAAUAUUCUUUUAUUAGGUUACCCAACUGGUGUUUUUUUGUUGCUAAAUUCUUUGGUUCAGGAGUGAUCAUUGCUACUGCAUUUAUCCAUUUGUUACAACCAGCUGCAGAAGCAUUGACAGAUGAUUGCUUAGGUGGUACAUUCGAAGAUUACCCAUGGGCAUUUGGUAUCUGUUUGAUGUCCUUAUUCAUGCUAUUCCUUGCAGAAAUAGUUGCCCAUCAUUUUGUCGAUAAAAAAUUUAACCAUAGUCAUGCAGAAACUGAUAAUGCAAAUGCAUUACCCGAUAUUAUUCUCAAAGAUAUUCAAAUCAGUACGGAUGAUUUGAGUGAAGGUAUGCUAAACUGUGCUGGCCAUCAAGAUAGCCUACAAGAUUCUAAAAAAAUCGAAACUGGUGUAUCUACUAAUUUGAAAAGAGUGGAUGACUCUGGAUUUGAAGGACAGUACGAGUACAAGAGAGAAUCAACUGACGAAACUUGGAUCGAUGAAAAUACUCUGACAACUGGUAAUAGUGAACACAAAUUCUCCGCAGAUUACGUUAGUAAAGUUUUCGUGCUGUGUGUACUGGAAUUUGGUAUUAUUUUCCAUUCUGUGUUUGUUGGUUUAUCUCUUGCUGUUGCUGGUAGUGAAUUCAAAGUAUUAUUUAUUGUUAUCACUUUUCAUCAGAUGUUUGAAGGCCUAGGUUUAGGAACUCGUAUCGCCGAAACCGAAUGGCCUCCUUCUAAAUGGUAUACUCCAUGGAUUAUGGCUUUUGCAUUCACAAUUACCUCACCAAUUGCAAUAGCAAUUGGUAUUGGAGUGAGACAUUCCUGGGUCCCAGGAUCACGAAAGGCAUUGAUAGCUAAUGGGGUAUUUGACUCUAUCUCUUCUGGAAUUUUAAUUUACACUGGGCUAAUUGAAUUAAUGGCGCAUGAAUUUAUCUUUUCUAACCAAUUUAAAGGAGAACAUUCCCUCAGAAACAUGUUAACAGCAUAUUUUAUUAUGUGCUGCGGAGCCGCUUUAAUGGCAUUACUUGGAAGGUGGGCAUAG